AAUAAGCACUUUUUUUAAGCUUAGCUAAACGGCCCCUGUAUAAGUCUCUGAGCAAGUGUACGGUCUUUAGUUAUUGAUACUACAUAUAAAAAAUCUAAAACAGGGAUGAUCAAAUCUUGUUGACCGGGAUAUUCUUUUAUCUGGGAAAUUUGACUGUAAAGGGAGGAGCUAAUCUGCCUCUAUGGAGGACUGAUGGUAUACUUAUCUUGAUGUUGCUUCAUGCUGGACCUGUGGAAUUUUUCUACUACUGGCUUCACAGAGCUUUACACCACCACUACCUCUACUCUCGCUAUCAUUCUCAUCAUCAUUCCUCUAUUGUUACCGAACCCAUUACAUCUGUGAUUCAUCCAUUUGCAGAAAUGAUAUCGUACUUUAUCCUGUUUUUCAUACCAAUGAUCACGGUGGCACUGACGGGGACAGGCUCUAUUGUUUCAUUCUUUGGUUAUAUUACUUACAUUGAUUUGAUGAACAAUUUGGGGCACUGCAACUUUGAGCUUAUUCCUAGGAAGCUCUUCACCAUCUUCCCUCUUCUCAUGUACAUCAUGUACACACCCUCCUACCAUUCUCUGCAUCACACACAAUUUCGAACCAAUUACUCUCUUUUCAUGCCUUUCUAUGACUAUGUCUACGGAACCAUGGACAAAUCUACCAACACGGUAUAUGAAGCUUCACUUAAAAGAGAAGGGGAGUCUCCCGAUGUUGUACAUUUAACGCAUCUAACAACAUCAGAAUCCAUCUAUCAUCUUCGGCUUGGAUUCGCCUCCUGGGCAUCAAAACCCCAGACUGCUUCACAGUGGUACAUGAAGUACUUGAUGUUGCCUGUGACAUGGUGGUCUAUGAUGGUUACAUGGUUUCAUAGUCGAGCAUUUGUGACUGAGAGGAACACUUUUGAAAAUUUGAAGUUACAAACAUGGGCUAUUCCCCGAUACAAUAUACAUGUAUGUUUCAAUCCCCCAUUUUGUUGUUAA